AUGCCCAGUGCCGACUCUGCAAUCCCAUUUAUUGACUUUAGUGAAUUUGGCGAUGGUACAAGUGAAGCAGCGAAACGAAUUGGUACCCAGCUGUAUACGGCAUGUCGAGAUGUAGGCUUCUUGUACAUCGUGGGACACAGCAUACCCCAAGAGAGCAUCGAUGGUAUAUUCGACAUGAGCAAGAGGUUCUUUGCGUUGCCUUACGAUGUCAAGAUGACUGCGCCUCAUCCUAAAGAAGCAUGGCAUCAUCGAGGAUAUUCAGGCAUAGGAGUCGAGCAAGUCUCGCAGAUGGUCUUUGACGACGAUAAGAUUGAGGAGAUGAGAGGUAAAGGAGCAGAUUUCAAGGAAAGUUAUGAUAUGGGCUCCGAAGACUCUCACAAAUGUCCCAAUGUAUGGCUAGAAGACAAAUAUUUACCUGGUCUACGAAGUACAUGUUUGGAUUUCCAAGAAACAUGCAAAAAGCUGGAGAACAAGGUAUUGAAAGCUUUGGCAUUAGGUAUGCCGGGUGUACCGGAAAACUUCUUUGAAGAGUAUCAUUCGGGAUACGAUAAUCAAUUGAGGUUCUUACAUUAUCCAUCUGCUCCAAGGAAGGUGUUUGAUUCGGGUGAAAAAGGUAGGAUCGCGGCACACACGGACUUCGGGACUUGUACUUUCCUGUUCCAAGAUGAUUGUGGGGGUUUGGAGGUAGAAAGUCCACAUAACCCCGGAACUUUCCUCCCUGCACCUCCUGUACAUGGCGCUAUCGUAUUCAAUAUUGGUGAUUUCCUGAUGAGAUGGUCAAAUGACGAGCUCAAAUCGACGCUACACAGAGUACGAGCCCCUCCACCUAGAGCCGAUGAUGGUGAAAUGACAAGAGAACGGUAUUCUAUCCCAUAUUUCUGCUCUGCAGAUCCUGAGAGAGUUAUAGAUGCAUUGCCUGGAACUUACUCGGAGGCUCGCCCCAAGAAAUAUGCACCUAUCACUUCGAGGGAAUAUAUCACGAUGCGUAUGAACGCUACUUAUGCGAAAUACUAG